GUGAGAACAAAAAGUGAUAGUAAGUGUGAAGAAGCACACAAGAGGAAGUUAUGUGGACUGACAUGUGUGACGUUAUACAUUAGAAGCAAAAGGUGACAGUAAAUAGCUGCAACAAGUGUUCUGACACUCAUUGCAGAGAGAGACGACACUCCUUUAGCAGAGAAAGGUAAUUGAGGAACCUAUUCUUUUAACAAAUUUGUUCAAUAAUCGAUAGGAAACUGAGGACAGUGAAAGUUUGGACCCAGGUUUGCUAAUUUUCCAGAGACAAAGAUGGGGGGAACAUCAUCGAAAUCAACUCCUACUACUCCUCCAACUCCUCGUCCUACUCCUCCAACUCCUCAUCAUACUCCUGGUCCUUCGCCAGAACUAAUAAAUCCUUGGAGACCAGUAAAUUGGGGUGAAAAAGAGAAGAUUUUGAAAGACUUGAAAGAUUUAAAGCCACAGCUGGAGCCCCUUAGGAUUCUGCUAUAUGGACCAGUUGGGGCAGGGAAGUCGUGCUUCAUAAACUCUGUCCAGAGGACCCUCAUAGGCCGUAAUUUCAUUAGUGCUCUGGAAAGCACAACAGAAAGUGGAGAAAGCUUCACUACUAAAAUCAAAACACACAAGAUGAAAAAGCAUGGGGGUGGAUAUUAUCCUGUUGUUUUCACUGACAUCAUGGGACUUGAAAUGAACAAAGGAGGGAUACACACUGAAGACAUCAUCAAAAUUUUAGAGGGGCAUAUUUUAGAUAACUACAAAUUUAAUCCUCGGGGACCUAUAACUGAGAAUGACCGAAACUACAAUCCCUGCCCAAAUCCAUGUGAUAAAGUUCACUGUGUGGUGAGCAUUGUUCCUGCUGAUGGCAUCACAAGAAUGGAUCAGAGUGUGAUUAACAAAAUGAAGGAAGUUCGAGAGAAAGCUUCUGAACUGAACAUUCCACAAGUCAUUGUGUUGACGAAAGUGGAUAAAGCAUGUGAGAUAGUGCACCGAGACUUGAGAAAACUUUAUCACAGCAGAAAGAUCAAAGAGAAGACACAGCACAGCAGUAAUAACCUGGGCAUCCCAGUGAACAGCAUCUACCCUGUGAAGAACUAUCAUGAGGAGGUCACUGAAGACAAUGAUAUUGACGUUAUCAUUCUCAUGGCACUGAGGGAUAUUUUCAACUUUGCCAAUGACUAUGCAGAGGCUACGUAUGAACCGAGCGACAACUGAAUGCAAAACUAUAUGAAUACAAGGAUUUGUGCUCCCUCUUAUAUUGUGUCUCUUAUAACUGUGUAGUUGCACCUUAAAAAUACAUGCAACAACAUAACUAACCACAAUUUAAUACACAACAGCUUAUGUAAAUACACAAGUGAAUCAACUGCAGUUUUUACUCUUGUGAUUAAACACAGGUGGCUUGAUAUUUGUAACAACACAUUUUCUAUUUUGUAAUUACACAAGUGUAAUAGGGUGAGGGUAAUUACAUUUGUAUAAACUGCUGUUUUUUUGUUUUUUUUUCCAGCAAGUCUUUGCUGAUUGUAACAGGAAGUAUGUAGUCACCUACAGUAUGGGAAUGCUUACAUUCCUACCUUCCUAACAUUAAGCUAGCUGCAAUAGUUAGCUUGUGUCGUAACACUGUAAUAUCACUAAACAUGGCUCCUACUUUUAUGUAAUUAAUUAAAAUAUAUGUGUUGUGUUAUAUUAUCCCAAAAGUAGUGUCUGGGUUACAAUUCUGUAAUUUCA